CGCUGUGGCAGCGCGGCGGCUGUUCCCGCGACACCUGCAGCUUCGCGCACGGCCACGCCGAGCUGCGCCGGUUCCCCGGCUCCCGCACCUCGUUCCCGCCCCGCGCCGAUAGAAAAUAAUUCUAACAAGUGGAAGCUUGUUGCAGUCUGCAGAAUUAAGCGGCAUUCUUACUGGUUGCCUUUUGAUUUAACUACCAUUCAAAUUAGCAGACUCCUGAGCAGAUUUAUUAGAUUCAACUGCUGCCAGAGGAUAAGAUGACCUUUAUAUAGAUUCUUCAGUUGGCAUUUCGACGAUUUAUUGUGACUGUAAUGCUUGUCCCUAUAUCAAGAAGGUGGGCAUAUCAGUAUAUUGGAUGAUGACUCCACUGAAUGAUGUCCAUAAUACAUUUGAUGUGCAAUGGCCAUGUGCUUAGCAGCUUUAAUGGUUAAUUGAGCCACACACCCUUGAAUAUUGUGCAUCAGUUAGUUCUUUGGGAAGUGUUAUUCUCACUGGUAAUUGCAAGUUAUUGUAAUUCUUGCAAGUCGCCGCGGAAGAUAUCUGGACAAAUGAUAAUAGAUUUAUAUUGUGAUGAUAUUGGGAUUAUAGAAGACCUCAACUUGUCAUAAUUGUUAUGUGAUGUUGUUCAUGGUGCUUCAUCAAUUUUGAUUUCCAACAAUCAACAUUAUGAGUUUGGUAUCAUCUUAAUGGGGAGAAGAGAUUAUAGAGGUGGUGACUUCAGAGAUAGGUUUGAUAGGAGGCGCUCGCCUCAUAGGAGGCACUCCCCUGACAGAGAUUCCAGGGGGCAUCGUUCCCUUCAUGACCGAAGACCAAAUUCCCAAGAAAGGGAAUCUAGCUAUUCACGGUCUCCCAGUAGGAAGAGUGAAAGGAGGCAUGAGAAGAAGCCUGAUGAUGGAGAAACUAAUUCAUCUAGGAGUUUGAGUGUCUCUGACAAUAACGAUGAUAGAAAAAAGGAGACACUCUUAAGUGGUGAUGAUAAAGAGGAUCAUGAAAUACAGCUGAAACAAAUAAGACAGGAUAUGGAGCUUUUGCGCGAUGAUAAAUCUCACUUGGAGAUAAUUUUGGAUCAGAAGAAUGCUGAAGUGCGCAAGAUUUCUAGCAGAGUAAAUGAUCUUGAUCUGCAGCUAAGGAAGGAGAAAGAGGAAUGCCACAGGAUGACAUCAAAAAUGAAAAAGUUCAUCAAAGCCCAUACUCGCUUUUUGAAAGCACAGGAAGAAUUGAAAAGGUCACAAGCUCGUUUUGAGAGACUUGGUGAUUUGCUUGCUUCAGAUAUUCUGAAGCGCGGUGCUAAUGAAGAAGUUUCCAGUAUCAAUGUUGAUGAAGAUCCAAAUGGUCCUUAUGAAAGGAGCCCAAAUGCUGCUACAGCUAAGAAGAGAUCAAUACUAUACUCAACAAGUGAAGAAGCGAAAGCUGUGAAGAAAAGAAGAGAACGAGACUCUGACACAACUAGGCCAGAUAAAUAUAGGUCAGAAGCUACUAUUGCAGAAUUUGAAAAACCAAUCAAGGGAACUGAGCCAACAAAAUCUUUAUAUUUGAAGAAGAAACUGUGGGAAGAUGAAAAGGAUAAGAUAGGCAAUUUUGUUUCCUCAGCCAACACUGACAAGGUCAAAGAAUCUCCAGUCAAACAUGUUUUGCCCUCCACUGGUAUGGCUGCUCAUGCAGUGGAUGAUCUGUUUGAAGCUGUUGAACUGGAGGAUAGACAUGAUCCAAUAAACGCAUCAAUAGAAAAUGAUGCUGAUGACGAAACUAGGUCGCCUGUUAUGCCCCCACAACCACCACCAGUGGUUAAUUCUUACGAGCAGUAUGAGGCUGAUGAUGAGGAAGUCGACGUGGACUAAGUAGAAUGUCGAGAUGGUACUGGAAUGAUCUAUAGCUCUGGCAUGUGUAAAGCCCUAUGUAUUUGAUGCUGGAAUUUACCUUGCAUAAAAAAGCAUUCAUUAGUGAUCCUUGGUGGAUGCGGUUUAAGCAGUCAACUUUUUUCUUGCUUUCCUGAAGGCAACAUGCCCUGUUACCUGUACUGUACCUAAUAUACCCCGUGGUGGCUAGUCUUUUGUCAGUGCCCUGGUUCUUUUGAGUGGUGCUGUGCUGUUCGUGACACUUGAACACUGAUGUUUCGUGGGAGUAUAUUAUUUGAAUGGUAGCAGUUGAUCUUUGUCGA